AUGACAGGUGAUGCUAAAACCCUUCAAGCAAUUAAGUUCGAUAGAGAUAAUAUAACAUUGGAUAUUUUAGAUCAGCUUCUUAUUCCAUAUGCCACAAAAUAUAUUUCAAUUGAAUCCAUUGAGGAUGCAUUUCAAGCUAUUAAAUUGAUGCAAGUUAGAGGGGCACCAGCUAUUGCAAUUGUCGGUGCAUUUUCUAUAGUUAUGGAGACAUACAGUAAUUUGAAAAAAUCCCAAGAGAAAUCUAGAACUAUUGAUGACUUGGUAAAGUCCAUUCACUAUUUAAUUACUGCAAGACCAACCGCUGUUAACCUUUCCAAUGCUUGUUUAGAUAUCGAGAAGCUCAUACUUAAGGAGUUCAAAAAGGAAGAUUCUGUUGACCAGCACACAUUUGAUAUCAUAUAUCAAUAUUCUGUUGCAUUAUAUGACGAUGACUUGAAUAAUAAUUUCAAGAUUGGUGAUAACGGGUUACGUUACAUUACCGAAACAUUGAAAGCGCAAAACUUUACUGGUCCAUUCUCGAUCAUUACUAUUUGUAAUACUGGAUCGUUAGCAACUUCGGGCCACGGAACUGCUUUGGGAAUAAUCAGAACUGUUUUUAAUAAGUUAUCUAAAGAUGCAGGUGAAAAAUUCUGGUUAGACCAUGUUUAUCCAUGUGAAACUAGACCUUAUAAUCAAGGAGCCAGAUUGACUACGUAUGAAUUAAAUUAUGAAGGAAUUCCAUCAACACUUAUUUGUGAUAGUAUGGCGUCAUCGUUGAUUUCUACUUUAAGUAAACAAAGAAAGGUCAAAAACCUGAUUGCUCCGGUUAAGUUUAUCAUUGCCGGUGCUGACAGAAUUGUGGAAAAUGGUGAUACAGCAAAUAAAAUUGGUACAUUCCAAUUAUCAACAAUUGCAAAUUAUUUCAAUUCAAACUCAGAUAAAGAAAGUGGCAUUAAAUUCAUUAUCGCAGCCCCCAGAACCACAAUUGAUUUUAAGACAAAGACUGGUGAUGGUAUCAUAAUCGAGGAAAGGCCUUCACAUGAAUUAACUACGCUUAAUGGUCCAGUUCUAACUAAUAAUGGAGUUGGCGGAAAACAAACGGUAGGAAUUGCGACGCCUGGAAUAGAUGUGUGGAACCCUGCUUUUGAUGUUACACCUCAUGAAUUAAUUGACUGUAUAGUCACUGAAGAUGAGAAUGUUUUUGUCAAAAAUAGUAAAGGUGAAUUUAAUUUAAAUGUAUAG